AAAUAAAAAAAAAAAAUCUGAAAAGAUAUACAAGCAAAAUAAAAAACAAUAAUUGUAAAGAAAAAUAAGACUUGCAAGUAUCCUCAUUUAGCCUGGAGCGGUGGAGCCUCGUCUUCUCUACUAUAUAUCAUACAUACAUAUAUAUCUCUGUUGAAGAUUGAAUCGGAUUGAAUUGGAGAAGGAUGAGCGCUCAGAAGAAGAGGAAUUUUCAGAUUGAGGCGUUUAAGCAUCGGGUUGUGGUGGAUCCUAAGUAUGCUGAGAAGACUUGGAAGAUUCUGGAGCAUGCGAUUCAUGAGAUUUAUAAUCACAACGCUAGUGGUCUUAGCUUCGAGGAGCUUUAUCGGAAUGCCUACAACAUGGUUCUGCACAAAUAUGGCGAGAAGCUAUACUCUGGACUUGUAGCGACGCUGACAUCACAUCUAAAAGAAAUAGCAAAAUCAGUUGAGGCUGCUCAAGGGCCUUCAUUUCUGGAAGAACUUGAAAGGAAAUGGACAGACCAUAACAAGGCGUUGCAAAUGAUCCGAGACAUAUUGAUGUACAUGGACAGAACUUUUAUACCUAGUACACACAAGACCCCGGUUAAUGAGCUUGGCCUGAAUUUGUGGAGGGACAACAUCAUUCACUCAAGCAAAAUCCAGACAAGGCUUCAGUCUACACUUCUUGAACUUGUGCAGAGAGAAAGAUCUGGUGAAGUAAUAAACCGUGGUCUUAUGAGGAAUAUAACAAAGAUGCUAGCAGAUGUGGGUUAUGUUGUUUAUCAAGAAGACUUUGAGAAGCCUUUUAUCGAGGUUUCUGCUGAUUUUUAUCGUGGCGAGUCUCAACAGUACAUUGAUUGUUGUGAUUGUGGGGAAUAUCUAAAGAAAGCAGAAAAACGUCUUAAUGAGGAGAUUGAGAGAGUUUCCCAUUACCUGGACUUGAAAACUGAAGCCAAAAUAACAAAUGUGGUGGAGAAGGAAAUGAUUGAAAGUCAUAUGCAGAGACUUGUCCACAUGGAGAACUCGGGUUUAGUAAAAAUGCUUGUGGAUGAUAAAUUUGAUGAUUUGGGAAGGAUGUAUAGCUUGUUCCGCAGGGUGCAAACAGGGCUCACAUUAGUUAGGGAUGUUAUGACCUCUCACAUUCGAGAGGCAGGUAAACAAUUAGUAACUGACCCUGAAAGGUUGAAGGAUCCGGUGGACUUUGUGCAACGACUUUUGGAUGAAAAGGAUAAGCAUGAUAAGAUCAUUAGUGUGGCAUUCAACAACGACAAGACUUUCCAGAAUGCUCUUAAUUCCUCUUUUGAAUAUUUUAUUAAUUUGAAUCCUCGCUCCCCGGAAUUCAUUUCUUUGUUUGUUGAUGAUAAGCUUCGUAAAGGACUCAAAGGGGUUAGUGAAGAGGAUGUAGAGACUGUACUGGACAAGGUAAUGAUGCUUUUCCGCUACUUACAAGAGAAAGAUGUGUUUGAGAAGUAUUACAAGCAACAUUUGGCAAAAAGGCUUCUUUCUGGCAAGACUGUUUCUGAUGAUGCAGAAAGAAGCUUGAUAGUUAAGCUGAAAACUGAGUGUGGUUAUCAAUUUACUUCAAAAUUGGAAGGUAUGUUUACUGAUAUGAAAACGUCCCAAGACACAAUGCAAGGGUUUUACGCUGCAAUGGGUGGAGAGUUGGCCGAUGGACCUACACUUGUUGUCCAAGUCCUGACUACCGGAUCUUGGCCAACUCAGUCAAGUACCCCUUGUAACCUUCCACCAGAAAUCCUGGGUGUGUGUGAAAAGUUCAAGAAUUAUUAUCUUGGCACCCACAGUGGUCGGAGGCUAUCUUGGCAGACAAAUAUGGGAAAUGCUGAUUUGAAAGUAACAUUUGGAAAGGGCCAGAAGCAUGAGCUGAAUGUGUCUACAUACCAGAUGUGUAUUUUGAUGCUCUUCAACAAUGCUGAUCAACAAAGCUAUAAGGAAAUAGAACAAGCAACUGAGAUACCAACCCCAGACUUGAAGAGAUGUCUGCAGUCACUAGCCUGUGCUAAAGGGAGGAAUGUCCUUCGCAAAGAGCCCAUGAGCAAGGAUAUUGGAGAGGAUGAUAUCUUUUUCUUUAAUGACAAAUUUACAAGUAAGUUUUACAAGGUAAAGAUAGGUACUGUUGUUGCGCAAAAGGAGUCUGAGCCAGAGAAGCUGGAGACACGCCAGAGAGUGGAGGAAGAUAGGAAGCCCCAAAUUGAGGCAGCAAUAGUGAGGAUUAUGAAAGCUCGGCGUGUCCUGGAUCACAAUAAUAUUGUGACAGAGGUCACUAAGCAGCUACAAUCGCGGUUUCUCCCUAAUCCAAUAAUUAUCAAGAAAAGAAUCGAAUCUCUGAUUGAGCGGGAGUUUUUGGAGAGGGACAAAGAAGAUAGGAAGUUAUAUCGUUACCUUGCUUGAGAAGCUCUUCUCUUAAUGUUUUACAUUUGUUUUGUAAACUUGUGGUUGGUGAAAGUUAAAAUGGAAUGAUGUUUAAACUAUUGAGACUCAGGUGGAUAUCAAAACAGUUGUUCUGGGAUGUUUUUCUUA